AUGUACAUGGAGAUGAGGCAGCUUUAUGGUGAAGUGACUAGCUCUGUUGCUGAUUUUAAGGUAAAAUAUGAACGAUAUAAUUGCGCUUUCUUUAUAAAAAUGUUUUUUUUAGUUUAAAAAGUGGUAGUUGAAUGGAAGAUUUGUAAUGUAUUUUGCACUGAAAAUCUUCCACCAAACUUCCACUUCUAAAAAGUGUCAAAAAGUCAUUUUUAAGCCAUUUUAAUACUUUUUCAAAGUGGAAGUUGAGUGGAAGAUUUUCAGUGCAAAAUACAUUACAAAUCUUCCACUCAAAUUCCACUUUUUAAAAACUGGUUUUAUGCCGUUUUCUGAAUUAUAAGCCUAAAAAUGAAGUUUUAGGACGAAACCAACAAAGCUUGGACUGAAUUGAUCCAAAUUCAGCAAUCUUAUAUUGUGAUCCAGCCUAAGCCAUCCAUCUUCCUUCAUAUAGCACGUGCUAAGCGACAAGCUGACAAAUCGACUGAAACUGAGCAACUUGACGAAAAAUGUAACUGUGGAAUAAUACCAACUUGCCCAGCUGGUCCACCUGGCCCUCCGGGACUACCUGGUGAAGAUGGUAUACCUGGUGUUGAUGGAGCACCUGGUACUGAUGCUCCUGACGAGCUGAAUCGAAACUGUGGAUUCUCCGCUGGUACCUGCAUCAAAUGCCCGGCUGGACCACCAGGACCAAAAGGACCAGUUGGAGAACCAGGUUUUCCAGGACCACCCGGUCAGCCUGGUACUAAUGGUACUGCGGCCGUACUAAAGGUUGGGCCACCUGGACCAGUAGGGCCAGCUGGUGAAAAUGGUCCACGUGGUGAGCCAGGAGCACCCGGACCAGUUGGGAAGAAGGGGAAGAGUAUUGUGGUGCAAGUUGGUACACCCGGGCCGAAAGGACCACCUGGACUGAUGGGGCAACCUGGUCUACCUGGAGCUGAUGGAAAGCCUGGGAAAGUUGGUGAAAAGGGACCAGUUGGACCAAUCGGACCAGUUGGUGAACCAGGAAACGAUGGAGAGCCAGGUAAGUUAGUUUUCAGCUUAAGGCUGCUAGUUGCGCCCAUAAAGGCUAUUGAAGCGUGGGCGCAGCUUACAAAAGUCAUUGCGCAGGCUGCAGGACCAAAAAGUUUAAAAACAACCGAAAUAACAACUAAAAAUGACGAAAAAAUGUAAAAAUAGGUACAAAUAAUAACACAAAUUAAAUUCAGGCCCACACGGUCCAGCUGGUACACCUGGCUCACCUGGCGAAGACGCCGCUUAUUGUCCGUGCCCACGACGCCUUCAGGUCAUUGUUCUCAAGGAUAAUAUUGUCGAUUCUGAUACCUAA